UUUUUUUUUUUUUUCACGUUUAGCAUUUCAGGUACAGUUUUAUUUAAAAUCGGGGAUUUGUUUUAUUCGAUUAUAAACUAAUUUAAAAGUAACUAAAAGAUACAUUUAUAAUCUACACUGUAAUACACGCAAAACAAUUAUGGAAGUUAUUGUGCAAGAACACUUCGAAAAAAUUUACCAAUUCUAUGAGGAAAAAGAAUUUUGUGAUGUAACCUUGGUUACUGAUGAAGGCUUAAAAAUAGAAGCUCACAGAAAUAUAUUGGCUUCUGCGAGUCAUGUAUUUUAUACGAUGUUCAGCGGUCAGUUUAAAGAAAGAAACAAAAAUGAGAUUCUUAUAAAAGAAAUAGAUUCUGAAAUUUUAGAAUUGGUGGUGAAAUUUGCAUAUACUUGUAAAUUGGAUAUUAAAGAAAACAAUUUUCAGAAACUGUUAAUGGCUGCCAAUAUGUAUGGUCUAAAUCAUAUAAAAAAGUUAUGUUUUAAAUAUAUUAAAGAAAACAUAAAUCCUACAAAUUGUGUUAGUUUUAUGAAAACUUCUAAAUUAAUAUCAUACGAAAAGAUUUACAAUUUUUGUUGGUCAUAUUUUUUAAACAAUUUCACUACAAUUGUGAAUUCGGAUCAAGCAUUAGAAACACUUUAUCACUUUGAGUUUGAUGAUGUUGUCGAGUUUAUUACAUGUGAUGGUUUAGUAAUUGAUUCUGAGGAAAAGAUAUUUGAUUUUAUCAUUGGUUGGACACGCUAUAACACAGAUGAACGUAAUGACUUGUUACCGGAUCUUAUGAAAUAUUUACGUUUGUCUUUAAUUUCAAAAGAAGGACUACAAAGGAUUUAUAAUGAACCAUUAGUGAGAAAUAAUAUUGAUGUUAUGAGAGGCAUGUUAGAAAAUAUAAUUUCUUACAACUCAAAACCAUUAUAUACUCUAGGAAGAUGUGCUCAAAUUGAAUCAUCAAAUAUUAUUUUUGCAAUAACUGGUGAUUCAAACAGUGCCGGUUCCCGUGUAAAGUAUAUGGAUAUUAGAAACGAUAAGAUGGAUGACUUAAUCCAUAGUAUUUUCGAACUUCAAGUUCGAAAAUCGAACAUUUCUUUUUACGCACAGUCUUUACAAACAAGUAGGUUCAUGCAAAGCGUAUAA